AACCCAUCUGAAAACUAGGUUUGCUGUCAUGAUUGUGAUUUAAAACUCAAGAAGAGUAAAAUCACAGUGGUUUAACAACCACUACUGUCGAAAUAGUCGUCUUGUUGGGAACGUUUUUUAUUUAGAUGUUGCAGGGCUCAUUUGCUCUCUGCCCGCCUAGAAUAGAAAAAGAAGAUGGACGGACUCAAUCCACCAACAAGAAGGCUAAGGGUUUUGGAAUUGAACAUACUGGAGGAAUAAAUAUAAGAUAUGUGAAAAAGUAUUUAUUAAACACUAUUCAAAAAUGGAAAAUAAAGGAAACUUUUGCGAAAUCUUCGACUAUCAAAGUAACGAACAGGAAAGCACAAACCCGGACAACAUAGAUUGUGGAACAAUUACUUACAAUAGCAAAACGCGCAUAUUGCAAUUUAUUUGUUUGUUUUGUAAGAUAAACUAUGAAAAUAUUGAAUAUUUUUGUCAGCACUUAAGCGAACAUAUUGAUGAUACGAUCCCUGAAGACGUCGAAGAAGAUCUUAUAGAAUACUCGGACUUUGAUGAAAUCGCUGGCGAAAUCUACGAAGAACGGGAAGAGCAGCCCCUUGUGUCAAAAGAUGAUAAUUUCUUAUAUAAAUUAGAGAACGAUGCAAGUAGUGUCAUCUCUACUGUUGAAUCGUUGGAUAAUAAUGCCACUAAAUCAGCAUCGGAAGACUUGGAGCAAAGUGAUUCCAAUGACCAUACUAUGGAAGUUACUGAAGCAACAUCCGAUGAGUUAUCCUCUUGGGAUCGUCAAAUUCCGUGUUAUGCCUCAAGUGUGCCCGAGAGCGAGAAGUCGAAAAUUGUUUCAACGGGCAAGACAUUUGAGGAAUGUUUUCUAAAAGAGACUAACAUUGAAAAGAUCCGUACGGAAGGAAUUGUCAUAGAAAAAGAACCACCAGUUAGAUACCCACAUAAGAACAAAUUCGCCAAGGAACUAUUACGCCCGAAACCUAAACGGAAAAAAGUCACUACGGUAAAAGUUAUUGCUGUAAAAAAUCGUAUUUCCGAAAUAUAUGAACGCAUAAAAAGUGAACAAACAAAAUCACAACAGAUACUGUCUUCCAAUGGUUAUCUAAAUCAAAGUCAUUCAACGGAGUCAUUGAAUUGUUCGGUCGAGGAACAAGAUAUCCAAGACAGUUUUGGCGAUGACAAAAACAAUGGAAACAGGAAACUAGUUGGGGAAACCCUCAUUACGCUUAUACCGGAAGGUGCUAAAAUACCCAACGCUUUGCCAUCACCAGCGGACGGACUUUCGAAAAGUAUAAAUAUAACGACUUUGAGAAAGGGCGCUCCCAAAGAAGACCAUCAGCCGAGUACAUCUAAAAAUAAAGAUUCUCAUGAUACGAGACCCAUUUGUCCAGCAUGUGGAAAAAUAUUUCGCAGUCAUUUUAGCUUGACAAUACACAAACGUAUUCAUUAUUUAGAAUCGGACAGUUCCGUAAAGUUGGCCCUAGCCUGUCCGGAUUGUAACCAAUUAUUUAACAAGCUGACUCAGCUAAAGCAGCACAUUGAAUCUGUCCACUAUCCAGAUGGCUUUGUUUGUAAAAUUUGCAAUCGCAAAUUGAACAGCCUUAGUCUUCUCGAACGUCACAUGAUAAAGGUUCACUUGGAUCGUCCCUUUAACUGUCAGCAAUGUGGUAAAAAUUUCUCGGAUCCCGUAACGUUUGAGGAACAUGUGAUAUCUCAUAAUUCCCAUAAAGUACAUAAAUGUCGUAUUUGUGGUCGUAAAUACUCCACGGAGUUCUUUUUAAUGGAACACAUGCGCAAUCACAAGGAGCAGAUACGCCAGACAUGUGUUGUCUGUGGUAAGGUUACCCUGCGCAUAACACAGCACAUGAAAAUUCAUACUCCCCGCCCAAAAAGACUGCUAAGCUGUUCGGUGUGCGGUAAAGUUUUCAAUUUCAGUUCGGGGCUUAGUCAUCAUUUUAAAAUUAUGCACAAAUUGCCAAGGCCUCCACCGAAAAUGAAAAAAGAUAACCCCUCCGCAAAUGGGACAACAAAAAGGAGAAGGAAACCUCGUGCUCAGAAGAACGCCGAAGAUAAUAUAAAUAUUAUAACAGAUACCUAUAACAACACAGGGCAGAUAAUUGAAGAACCAUCCGAAAUACCAGAUGAAGUAUAUAACGAUGAAGAUUUAUCCGCCAUAAAGGAAUCAUCACGUCAUACUGAUCAUAUUGAUGAAGAUGAAAAUCCGACACAUUUCAAUCAUUUGCUGGAUCAUGAAACCGGUUGCCAUCCGAGUUUCGAUCCGGAAGAAGUAAAUCACAAGGAAGAAGAGGCAAAACGUGUCAUUGUCGAACUCAUACAGAAUUCUUCUUAUCCCUCAUUUUUCCCUGACAAUUUAUCCUGUGUUUUAGAGGUAACCCCGCCUAUAGCUGCUCGAGAAGAAACCAUAUCGGCAGUUAAUAGUAUAGUUCAUGAUUGUUAGUUGUAAGUGUUUUAAAGAAAGGACAUUCACAAAACCUUAUUCAAUUUUUUGCCAAAGUAAAAAUGCUACUCACAAAAUCGGAGAAAA